UACAUGGCCUGCCCCCCCCCCCACUCCUAACUUCCUUUGAUAACAAAUCAGAAACUGAAACUAAAACAGGCUUAAGUUAGAGAUGAGUCACUUCCCAAAGUGACUGCAGUAGCUGAGAAGUGACAACAGAGAGGCAGAAGAGAACCCAGGGCAUUGAAGCAGACAGGACUUUCUGAGGGUCACAAAGAAACAUGGCAGGCAGCCCAGAGGUGGUGGCCAUGGACUGUGAGAUGGUGGGGCUAGGGCCUCUAAGGGUAAGUGGCCUUGCCCGCUGCAGCAUCGUGAACCUCAAUGGCACAGUCCUGUAUGACAAGUACAUCCGACCUGAGGGAGAGAUCACGGAUUAUAGAACCCGAGUCAGUGGGAUCACGCCUCAGCACAUGGUGAGGGCUACACCAUUUGUCGAAGCCAGACUAGAGAUCCUGCAGCUUCUGAAAGGCAAGCUGGUGGUGGGCCAUGACCUGAGGCAUGACUUCAAUGCAUUGAAGGAGGACAUGAGCAACUACACCAUCUAUGACACAUCCACAGACAGACUGCUAUGGCAUGAGGCCAAGGUGGACCAUUGCAAGCGUGUGUCCCUGCGAGUGCUGAGCGAGCGCCUGCUACACAAGAGCAUCCAGAACAACUGGCGGGGCCACAGCUCUGUGGAAGAUGCCAGGGCCACAAUGGAGCUCUACAAAAUCUCUCAGAGACUCAGAGCCAGAGCCCAGCAAGGCCUGUCCCGGCUGGGGGCAUCAUACUGAAGGUCAUCCUUGUCCAGGGACCAGAGGCUUCCACUCCUCAAGGACAGUAGUUUUCCACAGAUGAGACCCAUUUCUAGCAACAACAGAAGCAAAAGCAGAGGCAGACACUCCCCCAUGACAGCAUUUCUUUUGCUUAGGGGAAAAAAAGACUUUAGUAAUAAAUGAUUGUAUUUUGUCUAAUCAA